AUGUCACACUCCAGACGGGCCCCUCACCCCCGCACGGCUGCUCCGGCACAAGUGCCGGGUGCCGCGAGUGGAGCCCCGGCCCGCUCGCGCCCUGAGGGGGGAGAGAGCAGCGGGGCCCGCGGGGCCGCACCGCCCCUGCCCCGCCCUUCGGCGGCCGCGAGGGCCGGGGCUGGAGCCGGCGGCGGCCGCAUGGGUCCGGCACCGCCGCCCCGCCGCCGGCAGCGCCCGCGGGCCCGCGCGGGGCCGGGACUGCUCCUGCUGCUCGUCCGGCUGGCGCUGCCCGGGGCGGCCGCGGGCAGCGGGGAGGCGCCGCCAGCAGGUAAAAACUGCAGUUUAUUGCAGGAAAUGGAUGUCAUCCAGAAGCAGGAUGAAAACUGUUACUGCUAUGUGCAAAACAGAACAAUUCACUUACAGUACCUGUGGUCGACUGUCCAGAUAAAAGUUAACAGCAGAGAAAAGUUCCGGUUUGAGCCUAUUUCAGAAAAAAACAACUGUCGGAAUUCAGAAACUGUUUUUGAGUUUGCUGCAUGUGCUGUUCAAAUCCUCUGGAAACCAGAGACAUGUACAGAAACUUUUCUGAGCAUAAAACAAUAUGGAGAAGAUGUUUGUUUCAAAAUACAACCCUUCAAAAUUGAACCAUACAUUGUGAGGGUGAAAAGAGAAAUGCUAGAUGGAAAGCUCUUGUUUUUGUUUGUAGCUGGAAUUUUUCUGUUCCAUUUUGCAAACAGCCUGAGCAGGAGUGCCAAGUUCUUUUACCUUUCUGGAAUAAUACUGGGUGUUCUUGCUCUGCUAGUCUUUGUCCUGUUGACACUUAAAAGAUUUAUUCCAAGGCACAGUACCUUCUGGAUUUUAAUGAGUGGCUCCUGGAUGGUCUCUCUUUAUUUUAUUUACUGCUUCAAAGAGAAUAUACAGUGGUUGUGGUCUGAACACAAAAACUACCUGUUGGGGUAUUUUCUGGCUGUUGGGAUUACCAGCUUUGCCAUUUGCUAUCAUCAUGGGCCGCUGACCACGGAGCUCAGCAUAACCUUGUUCACAUGGAUGCUCCAAGUAACAGCCUUUGUCCUGAUCUACUUGGGUGUCACCAUCCCUCAAGUUGCAUAUGCAGUCAUAGCAGUCAGCCUCUGCUCCAAAGGCCUGUGUUACCCCCUGGGUGCUGCCUGUCACAUUGCCAGAAAAAUGAAGCAUCACUUUAAAUCAAAAAAAUUGGUGUUUAAAUACCUUACUGAAGAGGAAUACCGAGAACAAGGUGAAAGUGAAACUAUCAGAGCUCUGGAGGAGCUGCGCUCAUUCUGCAGGAGCCCUGACUUCCCAUCUUGGAUAGCUAUAUCCAAACUCCAGGCCCCACACAGGUUUGCAGCUUUUGUUUUGGGAUCUCCCCACGUUUCACCUGCAGAAACAAAGGCGCAUGAUGAGCAGUAUGGCAUUGGGAGCUCCUUCCUGGAAGAGCAGCUGUUUGAGACAAGGGUACAGUCUGAGCAACAUAAGCCAGCCAAUUUUGUCCAUGAAGAAGAUGAAGAGAAUGAAAAUGAAAUGCAUACACAAAUUCCAUUUCCAUAUGCUACUGAGCUGCUCUGAGCUUUGGGAAAUAACAACAAAAAAAGAGACAGAAAACACACUUGUCUUAGAAAGGGAGGCUACAGAAUGAGAACUCACACUUGGCAUUUUCUUGUGGUUGCUGGUGGACAAAGAAGGAUUUUUGAAAAAACUGCUUCCUGUGUCACCAGUGUUACCUGAUUUGAGCAACAGAAGAAAACCAUAGGGGCUGUUCAAGUGAAGAGGAAUCUUAUGCUAUGGGUAUUUUCACUGGGGAAAUAAACAUCAAACACUGUGUAUUUCCAAGGCAAGUACUGGAGACAGCCUGUCCACCAGGAUGCCUUCUUUUAUCAAGGACACUACCUCUAGUAAACAGAAUCUGUUUUGGCCCUUUCCAUCAUCAAGUCCUCUGUGCUGAGCACUAGAGGGAGGAAAAGCCAUUUUUAAUACUCUCCUUUUACUAAGUACCCUCUGUGUCAACACUUCUGAUAAUGCUGUUAGAGUGUCGAUAAACUGUGUUCGUUGUUUGUGAGACUAUUUCAUAGAGAGUUAACACUGCUGAAUGAGGUUUGUUUUCUCCUCUGGCUGGGCUUGUCUGUUAGCUUCCUCCUGCCUCUGCCUUUAGUUUUAAGCUCCCCUUUCCCCUCAGAAUGCUGCCUGACUUUUCACCCUCUGUUUUUAUUAUUCUGUUCUGGACCACUGCUGUAGUACUGCAUUUUGUUCUUUCCAAGUCUUUGUUUAUUUGCAUACUUUCUUCCCUCUUGUACAGAUCUUCUGCUAAACCUUUCUCUAGCCCUCUUGAUUCUCCACCUCUGACAAUGCAGGUGAUUUAGGAGAGGUUUUCCAUCCCCAAACAUUUUUGCUAUUGCCUUCAGUUUCAGUGUCAGCUUAACUCAGACAGGUGCUGUUGUCUAUUCCAGGCCUCUCAAGAGCCCCAAAAAGGCCACAAAGGCUGAGGCUGUUUCAGCUGCGUGGAGAAACUGCUAUUAACAGGGCCAGAGUGCUGCUGUGAGCCUGGAACUGGGAAUGCAGAUAACCCACACACAACUCCACUAGCCUCAGAGUAUUCAGUAGUUUGUUUACUGAGUAAGAAGCAGAAAAUCAUUCCCAGCAAAACAAUGAGGGAAGAUACCUGGCUUUUACUUUCCCUUUCCCAGCGGUCUGUGAGAUUUCUCACAGGAGGUACUUGGGGAGGAAAAAGAGACCAGGGAGAGAAAUUUAGGCAGUGUCUUUCAUUUUAUGUAUUACACAGUCCUAGGCUAGGGAGUAGAGUGUGUACCUCAGUUCAUCCGCCUGCAGAUGUAAUUUCCUUCUUUUAGACUAUCCCUCCCUGUAUUCUUCUGUUCACUUCGCAGUUUUCCUUUACUGUCUUAAAAACUGCAGAAGGCAAAGGACUAUUAAUUCUGUCUCCAUCUGAUCUUACAAACCCACCAGGAACUGUCAGCAAUGGGGAGUAAUUGGUGCUCAAGAAGGGCAUGUUAGACUGGGAUCUAUCUGCUUUAAUAGGGGUGUCUGUUCUUUGUAACAUGCCUGGUGGUGCAGCAUGACUUCAGCAGUACAGGUGCUGUCCUGGGUUCUCCUUGUCCAUCACUGCAUCAGGGACAAAACCCAUUACCUCCAACAGUGCUAAAUGCAGCCGUACCAUAACCCAAGAGCUCCUCUGUGCAACAAAGGACUGAGUUGGUGCUUGAAAGCCUUAAAGCCUUACUGAUGUGGUCUUUCCUUCUUUAUAUUGCUUCAGCUUUGCUUCAGUUUAAAAGGAUCACUUUCAUUUUACAGUAAAGAGACCCUUAACACCCUUUAGUGUCACAAAAUUUUAAGUACCUCAGCAGAAUCAAAAGCAUGUUUAGCAGAGAAAGCCAUGUCAAGCAGGUGAUCCAAAAUACAUUUGCUGUUAAGUCAAGGACAUUCAAAAACAGGGCAAGAGUUCUGUCUAGGAAGGCCACUAGCAGCAAGACUCACCCCUAAGAGAGGCUGCUGCUACCAAAUCCAUGGUAAAUUGCCACCCACACUCUGGAAGUCGGGUUUGGCUUGGGGGGCUCUGGAACUAGCAACAAGCAUUUGUGAAAACAGAGGAAAAUCUCAUUAUCUUGGAUAGUUUGGGAGAAAGGUGGAAACUCCUCCCUGAACAAUUACUAUAGACCAAAUCAGAUUCAUUUAAUGUUUGUGUCAUCAUCAUGAAAAUGGAGGAUUUAAAAUCAUUACAGAUGAGGCAAAGGAUACUCAAAGAGAUGUCUUAAAAGUUUUUGUGCAUGUUUUAAAGUACACAGGGUUGUGUUUUUUUAGCCAAGAUCUCCCGUCCAAGCAAUUUGAGGCCAAGAAGGAGAAUCAGAUUUGUCUGAGCUUAAACACAUAGUUUUUCUGGAUGUCCUCUCUUUAGUGAGGUAGUGAUGAUUACCGUUCCAUAAUAUGUAGGUAUGUAAGUACAUAAUAUGUAUUUACAUACAAUAGCCCA